UGAAACCUCUGCUGUGUGCCGCUCUGGCCCGGCUGGCCUUGGUGACUGGCCCACCAGCAGGACGAGACAGCUCCAAACUCAUAUCCCAGCCGCUGACAGAACAACUCGACAGGUAGUGAGCGCCCCAUCACCGGGAGAAUCCAAGCAGGGCUGCCAUGGAUGAAAAUCAAUACUCAGUCCCCGAAGAAUUCUUCGAGUUCCCCAGGAAGAGGUGCUGCCGGCGAGGGCUGCCGCUGGGACUGCUGGGGCUGCUGACUGCCGCUCUCUGGGCGGGGCUGCUGACCCUGCUUCUUCUGUGGCAUUGGGACACCAUGAGGAACGUGAGACAGCUGGAAGUCGCUGCUGCCCAGAAUGUCUCUCGAAUCUCUAAAGAACUGCAGAGCCACCUAAGUGAGCAGCUGGCCCAGAAAUAUCAGGCGGCACUGAUGUCACAGGCUGUGCAAGAACUCCAAGCUGGACAGAAAAAGCAGAAGGAACCUCAAGAUUCAGAGCUCUCCCAGAACCUGGACAGACUUUGGGAGGAUCUGAGCAGCAUCAAGUCCCAGAACUUGAACGAGAGGCACAUGGCCUUGGAGUCACUGGAAAGGCUGAAGGAAGAGCUGGCGAAGCUGCGGGUGCAGAUCCAGGUGUCCAAAGGCUCUGUGUGCAACGCAUGCCCCGAGCAGUGGGUCAGCUUCCAGCAGAAGUGCUACUACUUUGGCGAGGAGCCCAAGCAGUGGCUCCAGGCCCGGUACAGCUGCGAAGACCUGGGAGGGCGGCUGGUCAGCAUUCACAGCCAGGAGCAGCAGGACUUCCUGACCAAACUUGCCAAAAAGGAGGGCACUUGGAUUGGACUCCGCGACCUGGAUAUAGAGGGGCAGUUUCUCUGGAUGGAUGGGAGCUCCGUGGACUACAGCAACUGGCAGCCGGGGGAGCCCAACAACGCGGACCCAGGUGAGGACUGCGUGAUGCUGCUGCGCUCGGGGAAAUGGAACGAUGCCUUCUGCCGUGAUGAGCUGGACGCCUGGGUGUGUGAGCAGCUGGCCACAUGUGGGCCGUCCUUCCCUGCGGACCCGACAGACGACUCACUGGACUCCGACUCACUGUACUCCGGUUCAACAUAGGGGCCCUAACGGCCACACCCUGAUCCCACCUUCCUGCCCCGGGAACACUCAGAUCCACAGUGGGGCCCUGGAGACCCCACCACACCCUGGGGAACGCUGCCUGGCUCAAAGGUGCCCCAAAGGGUGACAGCUGAGCCUCCCCACCUCCAUCAGGGCCCUCUGUCCCUUGUCCUUCAGCCCAGCUGCCCAUUGCCGCCUCCCUGCCAGUAAAGCUCACUGCCCUGGGCCAGAACCAUCCUGCCCAAGCCCAGGAGCUGCGAAGAGCACGGGCCUCUCACCAAGGCCCUGCCUCGUCACAGCGUGCCCUCCGCAGCACCACAGGACACAGACCCCACACCGCAGAGGCAGCGGGUCCUCUUGGCCACCCACACCAGUGAACCAGGAAGUGGUCUCCCUCCCCAAGUCCCUCCAGAGUGCCUGCUGGGCCUGGUCUCAAACCGCAGCAGGCUGAGCUGGGAUUCCAGAGCCUUCUGCCCCAGACCACACCCCCAGGCUAAUUUUUGAGAAUCCAGAGCGGAUUCUGAAGUGGAUUCUGUGCCUGUUCCACCUUGAUUUUUCCCAUCCCAAGAAUGUACUAGGUGGGUGUGGUGGCAUGCCUGUAAUCCCAGCACUCCGGAGGCUGACGCAGGAGGAUC